CGUCAUUAAUCAGCGCAGAGCUGAGGUGGCGUUUGAAAGGAGGUAAACAUCUAGGAUUAGCUUGUCUGUGUUAAGAUUUACGGACAAAAACUUUGAUUAUACUUUUCAGCAUUUCCACAGAUUUCAUUACCUUGGUAUACCUGAUAUACUCUGAACAUCAACAUACAACUGUUAGUCAUCCUCGUUGUUGUGAAAAUCGUCAGCUUUUACCAUGACGAAGCUUAUGCAGUGGCUUUCAGGCGUGUCGCUGCUGGGUGCAAUUUGGGCUUUGGUCACUUUCGACCUGUUGGAACUGAGCCUUCCGCAGACGUACAAGGAAGUUGCCUGGCCGAUGCCUCUCUACCUUCUGGUGUCAUUUGGCUGCUUCUCCCUAGCCACGGUGGGAUACCGCGUGGCCACUUUUAAUGACUGCGAAGACGCAGCGAAAGAGCUCCAGCAGCAGAUAAAAGAAGCUAAAGAGGACUUAAGGAAGAAGGGUUUGAAGAUGUAGAUAAUUUAAAGAGACAAUGUAGAAACUUUUGAGACUGAGAAGAAAGCACGGAGCGCUAUCACACACUGAGGCUACACCUCUGAUGUUGGAGCUACUUCAAGCAUUACAUAUGGAUAAAUUUGAACCCUAAAAUGACAACCACUUCAUCAUUUCCAGCAGUUGUGGUCUAAACAUACAUCAUAGUGACUAUUCACACAGUCAUAUCUUCUGUCAUGUCUUUUUAAAGUCUAGAAAAGUAUAAAUUAAUGACUUAAAGGGUGUAUUUUGAGAGUUACUUAUAUAUGAGUGAACAGUGUAAUCUUACUGUUGCUAAAAUAACUGAACUACAGUAUAUCCUAGUUUCUUCAGUCACUUCUCCAGUAAAAAUAUGGUUUUACUGAGUAACUCAUCUUAAAGCAGAUAAAUCUAAACUGUCAACAUGGAUGAUGGUAGUUUUGGUUUGAAAUACAGUGGUCAUGCUGUUUUUAACUCACAAUCAUCAUCUGUAAGGCAGUCAUGUAUCUCUUUCUCUCAUUCAUUAUCUCUAAUGAGUUGCUCUUCACUGAAAUGCCAACAAAAGUAGCCUAAAGGUCAGUUUGUAACUAUUCUUAGAUGCUCUGUCUUCCUCGUCUCCAAAAUGCAGCACAGGCUGGACCAUGUCAUGUGUCUGCAUGUUAGAGCUUCUCAGUGCAGAUGGACUUAGAUUAUAUCUGUAAAGAAGUGUACAUUCCACUAUUCAAAUCAGUCUUCCCUCAAGGUAAUGCUGAAAAUGAAUUAAACUGGAAUUUGUUUUCUAAA